AAUAGAGUUACGAUUACAAGUUUCCAUCUCCUAAAGUCACCCAAGAUGAGGUUCUUCUUGUCUCAAGAUAACAUGGCCCCCCAUACAAUAUCCCUCACUUAAGACAAAAGUUACUGUAAACACACUAUGAAGAAAAAGCAGGAGCCCCAUCAAGAUGAACAACAUGAUGUUGAAAUCCUCAAGGCUGUGGCACAAGCCUGGCAUGGCCAUUCCAGCAGCCGUGGAACCACUGCUGAAUUCGACGCCCAGCGCCAUAAUUUCAAGAAUAAGCCAUCAAGAUUCAAGCUUGAAGCUAUAAACAAGGCAACCUCCAGGGAAUAUGAUGGCACAAUUAGUAGAUGGGAUUUCAGCCAGUCUCUUUGGGAUUCUUAUGAGUUACUCAAUGUGUCCAAAAAGUUAGAAACUGGGCUAAUGCUGGACCAUCCAUUGGAUGGGUCAAUCCAAAUUGGGCAGAAGCGGAAAGAGAGUAAGAAUAGCUUAAGAAAAUUACUCAAUAAGGUGUCUUCAAGAAGAUAUAAUGAGGCUGAAUCAACACUAGAUAAGGAUGGCUAAUUUCAAGUAGUAAUAUGUAAAAUUUGGUUUCAUUUUCUAAAAGAAGCCCAGAGAGCUCUGUUUUUCGAUUUUAUGCUGAUUCUUCUAUAUCUUUUACGCGAUUUUUCAUAUACUUAUCAUCACUUAGCUGAGGGAAGCACAAGAUGCAUUGUACUGAAGCCUGCAACUUCAUCCAUCCACCAGUUGAGUGAAUAAAUGAAAAAACAAGGAGUGGCUAACGUUUAGCCACUGGGUGGGGAUGUGUUGGUGUUUUUGUUCCCGUCCCACGAGUCAAAGUCCCCACACUUUUCACAUCAGUUAGAAGAUUAGUUGAGCUGCACUAUAUAGAAAACGAAUCAUAUGCCUUAGGGAUAGGAGAUUUAGGAAAUAUUUUCCUCUUUCCUCAACUGAAUUAUUGUACCUUGUUUUCGAAGAUUCUUUCAAGAUUGGAACUUGAAGGGACCAUUUUGGACCGGGAGAGUGCCCUUCAAGUCUAGAAGGGGUGGGGAGGGAGCAGUAAUUUGUGAGCGUGUUGUGCAAGAGCUGGACAUUACAGUAAUGAACAAAUAGGCAAUUUCUCUAUUAACAAACGGUUAGUAGUAGAGUCUAACUUAUGUGCACGGACCGUAAAUAGUUUUCCUAUGAUCUACAAUAACAAGAAACUAUGCAUGUCAAGUUUGAUUUGGUACCUCAAAAAUGCAAUAAAUUACCUGCUAUUACUGGUAAAACUACAGUAAUAGUGUACAAAUGCUUUAAUUGUUAGUGUAUAUAACAUAAAUCCUUAGUAAAACAGUUGCUUUAUUGUUUUUUCUACUUUCAACUUGAGGAUUAUGCUUUCUCCCUUUUCUGCUAACUGUUGCUAGCGAUAACAGAAUAAAAGUAGAAGAUUUGUUUUCGUAAGAUGGACAACCUGUUGAGUUUUGGAUAUUGUUGAAAGUGAGGCUUGCUUCUUCUAAGUUUUAGAUGGAUUAGGAGAAGCCGAUGCAAAUUAGAUGAGGGAAAAAUCUGGAUGAUACCAAAGCUAGUCCUAUUUGAUGAACUUGAUGCAAAAUUAGAUGAGCAAAUAGCUAGUAACUUCAAAUUUCAUUACAUAUCAAGUAUUUGCAUACAGAUUAAAAGUAAAUAGAACUGUAAAGACAGUCUAUGGUCAAGUGCUAUAAGACAGACAUUUUAUUA